AUGGAAUUUGGACUCAGUUUCGGGGCCGUCGGCGACUUCAUUUCAAUUGCUGUUCUAAUCAAGGACAUUAUCGCUGCCCUUGAUGACUCACGUGGAUCUGUCAAAGAAUACCGGGAGCUAGUGCAACAACUCAAUACUCUCAGCCAGACACUGGAUGCGAUACAGCAAACGCUUGAAAAUCCUCAUUUAACACAUUCCAUAGAGGGAAUAUCAGGAAUCGCACUUGACACGGUAGCCAAGAUCAAGAACUGCUUGGUUGGCUUCCUGGCCAAGAUUAGCAAGUAUGAGCCAGCCUUGGGUACCAGUGCUCCCCUGCAGAAAACUUCGUUGAACAGCAUUCGGAGAAAGGUCCAGUGGAAUUUGAAUGAGAAAGAUGUCGAAAAGUUCCAUUCUGAGGUGAUGGGAUAUACUAUGGCGCUUAAAGUGGUUUUCGAUGUCAUCACAGUACGGGUAUUACAAAGAAACCAUGAUUCUCUAGUCAGACAACAAUUUGCUUCCGAGAGUCGUACAGCAGCAUUGAUUCGUCAAUCAGAGGCAUCGUUACGAAGAUUUCUCGAAUUCAUAGGUCGAAGUAUAAUAUCCAAGCUGGAGAUUCUCUAUAGCUUAGGUAUACAGCUCAAGAUAACCACAGGUCAGAUCGUCUCCAUGGUACAUGGCAUUGCAGGAGAUCUCAACAGCAUCAAGGCCAUCGUGAUGCGCCUUGACAGAGGACCGAGAGAUGAGCACUUCGUCUUGGAAGACAUCACUGGGAGGGUCUUUCCCGUUCAUCUGAAAACUAUCACUUCUUGGGAGAUUCUUGAAUUUAUACUCAGCGAACGUUUCAAGGGUAGGAAAGGUGCUCGUAGGGUUCAGCAAAGACGUUACACUCUGCGUGAGAACAAGACUCAUAGAGAGAUCGAUGGGUCCAUACCAUGGGAUGGCGCUUUUUUACCAUAUCAAAAAGUCAACAUGAGCUUGAUAUGUAAUGAGGCUGAGGACAGUGGAACAAGUGGAAAAGCAACAUCGAGCUGCCCUUUCUGCAAAACAUCUUUGGAUGACGUCGCCCCACUCGGGGUCGAGAUGGAAUGGAAACCAGAAUUGUGGUCGAUUCUUUACCAGAGUGGUUGA